AAACAGUUCAGCGCUGAUCUUGCUGCAUAUCAAAUAUAUAAGGCUCUAAAGUUCAUAUCCAGAAUUAACUUGUAAGGAUGGAAAGAAAAUUUACAGCGGCGGCAGCAUUAAUUUAUACAAUAAUUACAUUUUUAUUAUGGCUUGCUGCUAUAGCAACACCAGGCUGGUUCAUUUUGUCAGUGGUAAAGUAUAAAUCACCCAAAAUGGAAGAGAUAUCUGUCGAGUUAAGCAUCUUUUACGUUCGGGUCUGUGACAACAGCAAGUGUAAACAUCUCAAUUAUGCGGAUUUACCAGAGGAUUCAACGACUACAACAGAGCAUUAUCCCUCGUUCCCGGAGACUCAGUUUGAGUGUAUGACUGCACUAGUUAUCUGCUUUAUUUGCCUUUUAUUUCUGCUGAAUCCUUCGUUUUCCUCUAAAGUUAAAGCUGUUGGAGUUAUGAUGUUCAUUGCAGCCCUGUUUGAAUUGACUCUGGUGAUCAGAAUUACCGUCGCUAACGUUUUAGCUGAAAAAACAGUUCAUUCUUUAAGGACAACACAGAAAGACUUGGACAAUUUCGAUACAAAAAUCAGACUUAAGACUCCUUAUUCGGUCAUUCUUGCGGGCAUUGGUCUGAUUUUCAGCAUCCUGUCCAUGACUUUCAGUGCAGUUUUGUACUCAAAAGUCCCUCGAGAAAAUCCAGCUGAUCAGAUUCUGGAAGUGUUGCCAUCACAAUCUCCUAAGAAUUUCAAAGAGCUUGAGGAGGAGCAUUAAUGAUAAUUUUUGCAAUAUAAUCUGUAACAAUUUCUGUAUAUCUGGGUGUCUCAUAAAAGGGUUUUUUGUAGUCUGUUAUCAUAUCAAAUUGCGUAUAAGAUAGCAUCUCUUUUGUUUUAUUAGAUAAUAAUAUUAAUGUAAAGGUUGAAUUUAAUUGAUUUAUAUUGUAUUUUGUCAAAUAAGCAGUAUUUCAGCCAUAUUUUGGAGCUGACUCCAAAAAA